UUCGGUCGAAAGUGAUAAUGCGUUUAUUCAAACAUAUUGUAACAAUUGUAAAAAGGAGUUUACCUUGGCUUGUUUUCUCCCUUGCGGUUGUGUGUGUGACUUUAUUGUUUGAGACCAAAUAUACUUCAAAUGUAUAUAAGGAUUAUACUGGCGGUACGGAAGUUGGCUUACAAACAAGAAUAAGAAGGUUUUUGAAAAACAUGCAUAGUUCUAUCUUCAGUUAUAAAUGUCAAAUUGUCACUAAGACGAGAAAUAAUGCAGAUUUAAGAAUAAUAGUCAUAACUUACAAUAGAAGUAAUGCUUUGAUGAGACUUUUGGAGUCACUGAACAAGGCUGACUAUGGAGGAAGUGCGGUUGUGUUAGAAGUGUGGAUUGAUCGCUUCAACUCUGAACAAUAUUCCAUACAAACUGUGGACAUCUUGUCUAAGUUUUAUUUUGAUGCAGGAUUUUGUGAUAUUCAUUUACAUCCAACACACGUGGGAUUAACAGGACAAUGGCUCCACACCUGGAAACCCAAGGACAAGGAAAUUGCAGUGAUUUUAGAAGAUGACCUGACUGUGUCACCAUACUUUUACAAAUAUCUGCGACUCAUGUUUGACCUUUACGGUAAUAGAUCAGAUGUCAGUGGGUUUACCUUGCAAGGUCAAAGUAUCAAACACGACCCUUCGGCGGGAGGACAACUGGACAUAGACCCUAAACACAAAGUAUUCCUCUAUCCCACACUUGGGACGUCAGGUUUUGCACCGAAUUUCCGCCAGUGGAAGCCAUUCAAAGAAUGGCUAGCAGAAUGUUUGACUUUGGGGACGAAAGUACCUCUAGUUCCCAAACACAAAUCGUCCAUAUGGUACCAGCAGUUCGAGGUGAGUGGAAGGACGGACACGAUGUGGGAGAUGGAAUAUCUGUAUUACACCUGGAAACACAACCAGUACACGUUAUAUCCGAACUUUAAAGAUCACAAAGGGUUGGCGUUUAACUGGUUCGAAGAUGGACUUCACUCGACGGGUGAGCGGCGAGGGAGCGGUGAGGACAAACGACAAUUGGUUAUGAACUGGACCCUGGUUGCAGCGGCCCUUCCGCGGAUUCCCGCAUAUGUUAACAAUGCCGGACAAGUGAUUAGGGACGAAGUGUCUUGAAAUUUAAUCAUUUAUAUAAAAUUUAUAACAUAACUUACGGCGCAGGAGUGAUAUAACCCCAUGCAAUAUUUUUUUAUAUAUAACUGCAUGUAGUAUAAUAACUAUGCAAAAAAUGUAAACACACAUUAAAAACGAUGUUUCAAAAAGAAUCAUGUCGGUGUCAAAAAACUCAGCUCCACGAUGAAACAAAUGGUGAAGACGGCGGGGAUUAAUCCAAACAAACAUCUCCUUGAUCACAGCGCCAGAAAAUACCUCGUCCAGAAGUUGAAUGACAACAAUCUUCCUGCGAAUGACAUUAUGCAAACAUCGAUAUACAAGAACAUUGCAUCUAUAAACAGCCACAUAAAUCCAAACCAACAUAACGAAAUGUCCAGCAUCCUGUACUCCAGUGAAAAUACCCCGUCUACCUCCUUGCAAAAUGCUCAUUCUAGCUAGUUCGCCAGCAAUGCUUAAGUUCACACACUGUCACAGUCACUGAUCAAGCCCCACCUUUCUGGUGGAAUUUACUACAUUUAUGUUGCUACAAUUCACGCAGGUAAUGUCCUUGUACACAUCCAGCAAAAUAACAAAUAUCCGUGCUGAAAACCGCCAAAUGACAUGUACACACUCACGUGAUUACUAAUGACGUCACGUAGUUAUGACAUUGCUCUUAUUAUUGAUUUGCUUGAUUUAAAUGGAUUGAAACAUGCAUUUGUGUUGUUUUUAAAUGAAACCUUUUAAAAAUCGGUUGAUAAUUGAGA